UUUUGGCCAACUUGCAUGUGCUCUGUUGUCGUCUGGUGUGGAUCGGUUCAUUUUUGUUGUUCGCUUUAUCGUUGCGGGUGCGCUUAAUGUGUAUUAUUUGACGGGGCAUAACUGUUUACUGUCUGCCAGAGGUGAAGCGAAAAGAACUGUGCAAAAUGUGGUUUGUUAUUAUUGGUGCUUCGACCCUUUGAGUUUUCCAGUCGCUAGAUUUCUUCGUUUUGGCAGCACAACCAACGCGGCUUUAACUUCAGGAUAUGCUCAGGAUAAUAGCGGUGUCACGAAAAUUUUGAACCGCCACUGUAAUGUGUCCUUAAUAAUCAAUAAAUGUAAGCAAUAUCGUUUUUCAUUCCGGUGGCAAUUAGAAAGAGGGUGUACAUUCAAGUGAGAUAGAGAUGAAUGUGAAACACAAGAAGAGCAAAAUCUGUUCAUUGUGAAACUAAUAUUUAUUGGAAAUAUCUUUUACGGUUGGAUGUGUUUUAAAAGUGAGUGCUGAAGGAAUCUUGAUAAAUUACAACAUUACUAAAGUUGUCCGUACAGCUAUAUGCAUUGAAAAAAGAAAAAAAAAUAUUUAUGUUCAUAUCAGUUACAUCUUACUGUGCUAUCAGUGUACGAACGUGUUCGGCAAAGUCGUCGAGAAAAAAAACUCUCGGACGAACGAUAAAACGUUGUAAUGUGUAUACGCAGUGGCUUGUUGGAUACAGCUCGCAACGGAUGCUCAGCUUGAGACGCGUAUCACUUAGGGUGUCUAUAUAUUUUACAACAGUGGCGAAUGCAAUUCAAAAAGUCGAGCAACAAAAAAAAAAAUCUGAAUGAGCACAAGAGGGAGCCAGUAUUAAACUAAAUUUUCUCUAAUGGACUCAUGAGUGGCUGAACGAAUGAGCAGCAAAUGCCUUCCCCUAAGAUCAUUUCUGGAUAACUGCGCGACUUUCGCAAGAGUGUUUCCGUGACCGUUAGCGUCCGAUCGUAACAGCAAAAAGAUGUACUGCGAACGGUGACUAGAGUGACAUUCGUUCAGCUGUUCACUUAAUUAUGUCUGCUGGGAAAUAUAUACAAACACAAGCAUCAACUAAUGAAAUUCCAUGUUGCAAGUGUUUAUUGUGUAUACACACGCGAGUGAUGGCUUGCAUCGAAACCGAUGCCGAUCUCCUUGAAUUUUCUUGAAUGGAUCGAUUCCCUUGGUAACACAUCAAAUUUCAGUUGAGCGUUUGAUAAUAUACCAUCUCCUCGGCAUAAUAAUCAAUCAGUUGAAAUGAUAAAAGCGUGUGGCACGAGUUGGAAAUUUUGUUUGAAAAAUGGUUCAAGAAUUUAAACAAACAAGCCGUUCAUGAAGUGCCCCAAGGAAACUUAAGUAGCAGGCAGCAAACCUGUUGACCAACGGUGUCCCGUUGAUUGUAGUUGAAAAUGUACUCUCGAAGAAAACAUCUGCCCGGUGUGAACCACUAGUUGUGAGAUCGUGAAGCAGAUCGCUCACAUUCGUAAUAUCACAUAAGAGUAUCGCGUUAAAGUGGUAUAUAUUAAGCAACGAAAGAACAAAAAAAAUGUUGGGGGCCCUCAGACGUCGAUGGAGGACUACGCGAAGAUCUGUAUCAACCGACAAUCAGUAUGACGUCGACCGGGAUGGAUCAAAUGAGAUAAUUCCUCCGCCACGGUAUGUCGAGUUUCUCAAAGCCGAGCAUGAUGACUUCUCAGUGGAUUCCAUACAACCUCCGCGGUAUAUUGAAGUUCGCAGAGGACGCAUUGUACUCGAAUCGGGGAAAGUGAACGAUGUCGACUAUAAGACUGAUGGCAAAGAUUCAUUACUGCGGCUUGCUAAGCAAAAACUGUACAUUGGAUCACCAACAACUCCCGAACCACCGUAUGACUACGAGAGAUCAUUAGUGUACAGCCAACCGCAGUCUCCGGUUGUCGAGUGUGGGAAGCCGGGAAGUGGCAAUUCAACGUCCUCUUUUCGAUCAGAUUCCUGCAAGAAUACGGACCUGCUUGAGGCUAGAAUAGCAGAACUAGAAGAUGCCUUAUUACGACUGCAAGAUAGAGUAAACCAAAGCCAAUGUAAUUCGCCUACGCUUGAAAAAGAAAUAAAGGAACAUUUGGAAAUCAUGAAUAAAGUUAUUAAGACAAAAGACCGGAAAUCGAUGCAAGUUUGCCGAGAACAUAAAUCAUUACAGGUUCGUUUCCAGCGUCAGGAGAACAGUCUCAUGGUUCUUCAAAACGAGAACAAAUCCCUACACCAAAGAAUAAAACAAUAUGAAGCCUGCCUAGACGACAUCAUGCGGAAGGUGGUCGAUGCGCUGGUAGCGGAAGACAGCUUACGGGACGAAGUUUUCAUUCUGAAGAACCGAGUGAGAGAUUUGGAGGCACAAAAUGCAGCACUUACCGCGAGUCCGGCGAAGAGUCGCGACGAAGGAUACUGCACCAUGAGCUCGGGACAACCGCAGCCGAGUCAGGAGGGCCACCUAGAGGAGCUUCCCGAGGAACCAGAACAAUGGUUAGUAUCCGCGGAACCAUGCACUGCUGAGAUGGAAGACUGGAGCAUGUCUCAAGACGAGUUGGCCACAGCGCUGGAAGACGAUAGUCACGAUUGGAUAUGGAACUCAAGUUUUUUAACUAGCGCCGAAACGCAAACGGAAGAUGUGUCGGCUCUUUUACAAGAACAAAUAGUGUAUUCCGAUGAUGAAGAAGUUGCCUGUACAAACUUUACUCGAGAUUUCUAUAGACUGGUUAGUAUAAAGUCUGAAAGCAACCGAAGCUUGCAGUCGCCUACACCCGCGGAAACAACGAUAAGCAGCAGCGACGAAAACGAAAGACUGACAAGCCCUACCCCUAGCGAGGCUGGUCGUGCCCAAGUUCAUAGUUGCUCUUCUAGCGAAUCGAGUGAUGUUAUAACGGAAAAAUAUGAGCCUGUAGCAGCCUCGACGCCUGCGUUGCCCCAGACAAAAUCUCCAAAUUUAUGUACAGCAGCAACCACUGAUCUGCUGCAAGAUGUGCUAAUAACAGUUCGUAAGCAGCAGCAGCAGCAGCCAAACGAAGAGGACACAAGGAGAAAUGAUGCACAAAUCACAUCUCCUACGUGGAGGCGAAGUAAUGGAUGGAGACGAAUAUCCCGUAAUGGCCAUGCGAAGGAAACGCACAUUCCUGUUCCAAUCAGUUUGAAAGAUCGCCUCAAAUCUCCACCACCUGUUCCCGUGCGGAGACACUGUGCUAGCUAGCCGUCUCUUUAUUUUGUAGACUAAGAUUGGGAGCUGCGAUGCAGCGGCGCGAAACAAAGAACGAAACAGGUUUGACAUCGUUCAGGUAUUCGACAGAACCUCGAGGAUAAACUAUUUUUGUUACAGCAAGAUCUAGGUAGUUUUAAGCAUAAAAAUGUGAUAGUAUGUUUAACUUGUGACUGAAAUAAUACGGUUUGAGAGCGAAAUUCCACGCGACCACUGCCAAUUUUGCAAAUUGAUCAAAUGAACUAAUAUAUCCUCCUAAGAAUAUGAAGCAUUAAUCAAAUUGCAGGACAAUAAAAAUAAUGGUAUCAAAAAAAAACAGCAUCAAAGUGUAUCUCACGACAAGCGCUGCCUUGCGUUACGCUGUGUAACAUAAUCGCAUUGCGUACAACACGUGAACGAGGAAUAUGGUUGUGAUCUUCGCUAAACUUUACAUGGGCACUUUCGGCAGGAACGUUUCGAAACCAUUGCAAUAAAACAUUACGAAAUAAUUCACAACAAAUAAUAAAUACAAGUGUUCCAGACAAUACAUUUCGGUCUUUGUAGACGUCAGGUAGAGAAUUUUUGCGAAACCAAUUCGUAUAUACAUUUAUCCAAACAGAGAUUUCAUAGUGAGAUGAUAGCAAGUGACGUUAUUCGUUGUAUAUACUGAAACAGAAUUGUAAUAGCUAGGACCCUUUCUGAUUACCCUUUUUUAUGUUGUUUAUGUUGUAUAUCAGAAUACACAUGAAAACACUAACUAAUUCCUGCGCCAACGAAAGAAGAAAAUAACUUUUCUGUUUUCGUGUGUCGCUAUUAGCGUGGCAUUAAGUUUUGUUGCAGAUGAACAAUACUCAAACUUGAUGAUCGUGACAAAACAAAUCAUUUCAUACGUCCCUUGUAUUCUUGCCACUAUGAACUCUGUAACACAAUAUUAUCAUGUUUAGGACCUGAUUUGAAGUAUAUGAUAUUCAUACUAGUAUAACUAGUAAACACUAUGACUAACAACGGAAAGGGAGAAGAGCUUGCGUUGGAAUUCUUUUUUUCCUUUCCUCGUCAUUAAAUGCAUCGACUUUACAAUGUUAGAGAUUGAUUAGAAUAGCAAAAGUACAAAAAAUGAGUCGUUUGUUAAAAACUCUAGGAAUGGUAGCAGUGUUUGCAAUACGAAUUAGAAGUUUCAUAUCUCAUAAUAGUAACACUUAACCGCGACCUAAUGAUGAUUACUAUGCGAUGGAAAGUGUGGCGUUUGUGUUUCGUUUCUGAUUUGUUUGAAUGUUCUCAGUGGUCCGCGCGUACGUAAUCUAUGGAAAAAUCUAAUAAUCAAUUUGUAUCAAAUACCAAAAGAAUGUAACAUUUUGUAUGAGGAGCAUUAAAAUUAUUGAACCCGUAUAUUAAAGAAAAAGCAUACUGUCAGGACUGAUGAA